CGUCUCCUCCCGCCAUCUGGUGGAACCCUCUGCCGGAGCCCUGUCCGGGAAGUCGCCAUCAACACCCAAAUUUGGGACCUUAGUCGAAUUCAUGAUGUGUGUGUGUGCGCGCGCGCGUGGGGUGGGGGGUGGGGGUGGGGGGGUCAAGCUGAGAGGACAAGAAAGGAGAAUCGAAGGUCGGGGAGGGGAAUCGUCGUUUUUGAAGCGACCAGGGGCAUGAUUCCAAGAUCUCAUCGCCGCAAAACUUCAUCCCCACUCAGUGCUCAUCGCCGUCGGCCUUCCUAACUCUCCUCCACCACCGCAACAACCUCCAGAUCUGACGAGAUCCUAACCCAUGGAUGGCGAAGCUCCUCCACUCCUCAAGCUCAGCGAUUGGAGAUCUGAAUCUUCUGGUCCUGUUCAGAGGUUGGACGGCAACGAGGUUUCGGGACAUAGGAGGGCGAAGCUUGUUGUGAAAUGGAGAAGGGCGAGGGAGGCUGUCGAUACUGGUGGAGAUAUGAGGGGAUUCACCUCGUUCUCUCCCUCGCUCCUCAUCCUUCUCUCCAUCCCCAGUCAAGCAAACCCCACAUCAUCGCUACCUUCGACUUAGCAACAGCCGCAUGUAAACCCAACCUCUAGUCCCCACGAACGCGCUCUGAUUUCUUCUCAGACCGACGAGCCUUCCAUCAACCUUCGUACUCCUAGAUUUUGAAGGUUCGAGAUGCGCCGCCGCCCUCUUUUGUGCUUCGACGGUUCCUGGCCACAAUCCAGCCGCAUCCACCUCGUCUCUUCCUUUCUUUCCCUCUUCCACAUGGCGGUUCCCUCCUCACUUCCGUCAUCGCUGCAGGAGCAGUCGGAAGUCGUCGAAGUAUCGACGGGAAAGCACCAACCAAGCAGAGAAGAGAGAGACAAUCGACGAAAUCAAUGGAGAUUUUUUUUUUGAAUUUUGGGGUUUUAGAAUAUUAUAUAGUAAUAUUCUUGAAUUUAAAGUUUUUUCAAUUUAUUAUUUUCAAAGUUUUAUUUAAUAUAAGUUAAAAAUGUGAGGUUUCAAUGGCUUGGCACUGCCACGUCAGCAAAAGUCAAUGUUACGUUGACCGUCGUUUAGUCAACUGUUAUCUUUAACGGUUAACGAAAUUGGCAGGAUACAAAUGACACAAAAUAUAAUAAUAUAGGACAUAAAUGGAA